AUGUCGGACACCAUCUGCCAUCAGGGAGAUGCCGACUGGAACAAUGAGACAUCGGUGGGCACCUGUCGGGAUGGCGGUCACACCAGUGUGGGCGAGGAUGCCCUGAAGCCAACCGUCAACCCAUGGCUGCGUCCGGCUGGGUCCCGGCCGCCCGAGCACAGUGGUGACAGCCUGGGCCGCGCCCAGCGCUUCCUGCUGGGACCCCAAGCGCUGACUCACUUCAUCCCCGACGGCCUCGCGGGGGGCCAGGAGGGGGGCCGCCGGCUCAGCGGUGCCUACGUCGGCUGCUUCAGCGACAGUGGCCGCGACAGAAGGCUGAGGGGCGCCGUGUUCUUCGACUUGAGAAAGAUGACGGUGUCCCACUGCCAGGACGCGUGCGCUGAGCGGUCCUACGUGUACGCGGGCUUGGAGGCUGGGGCCGAGUGCUAUUGCGGGAACCGUCUGCCGGUGAGAAGCGUCCGGCCGGAGGCGUGUAACCACGAGUGCAAAGGGGAGAAGGGCUCCGUGUGCGGGGGCGUCGGCCGGCUGUCCGUCUACCGCGUGGAGGACCUGCAGCUCGGCUCCAGGAAGCGUGAGUGUGUCCUCCCUUCCCUGUUGCCCCGCUGGAGGGGCUCGC